AAGAAGGCUACCAGGGAGUCCGUUGUGAUCAAUUUCUGCCGAAAACUGACUCCAUCUUAUCGGAUCCAAACCACUUGGGGAUUGAAUUCAUGGAGAGUGAAGAUGUUUAUCAACGGCAGGUGCUAUCAAUCUCAUGCAUCAUCUUUGGAAUUGUCAUCGUGGGUAUGUUCUGUGCUGCAUUCUACUGCAAAAGCAAGAAACAAGCUAAGCAAAUCCAAGAGCAGCUGAAAGAGCCACCAAAUGGUAAAAACUACAGUCUCAAAGAAUCCAGCACAGUGUCAAAGUCAGAGAGCCUGAUGAAAAGCCACGUGCAGCUGCAAAAUUACUCGAAGGCAGAAAGGCAUCCUGUGACUGCGUUGGAGAAGAUGAUGGAAUCGAGUUUCACUGGUCCCCAGUCCUUUCCCGAGGUCCCUUCUGCUGACAGAGGAAGCCAGUCUGCCAAACACCACAGAAGGAGUCUCUCCUCAUGCUGCAGCCCAGGGCCAAGGAGUGGGAUGCUCCACAGGAAUGCCUUCAGAAGGACCCCGCCUUCUCCCCGCAGGAGGCUGGGCGGGAUGAUGGGACCAGCGUAUCAACAGCUAGAGGAAUCAAGGAUCCCAGACCAGGAUACAAUCCCUUGUCAAGGGAUAGAGGUCAGGAAGACUAUAUCCCACCUGCCUUUACAGCUGUGGUGUGUUGAAAGACCCCUGGACUUAAAGUAUUCAUCCAAUGGUUUAAAAACCCAACAAAAUGCAUCAAUAAAUAUGCAACUGCCUUCAAGAGAAACAAACCCCUAUUUUAAUAGCUUGGAUCAAAAGGACCUGCUGGGAUAUCCGUCUACAAGGGCCAGUUCUGUGCCCAUCAUCCCUUCAGUGGGUCUAGAAGAAACCUGCAUGCAAAUGCCAGGGAUUUCUGAAGUCAAAAGCAUCAAAUGGUGCAAAAACUCUUUCUCUGCUGACAUUGUCAAUGUGAGUAUCCCAGUCAGCGAUUGUCUUAUAGCAGAACAACAGGAAGUGAAAAUAUUGCUAGAAACUGUCCAAGAGCAGAUCCGAAUUCUGACUGAUGCCAGACGGUUGGAAGACUAUGAACUGGCCAGCGUAGAGACGGAGGACAGUGCAAGUGAAAACACAGCCUUUCUCCCCCUGAGUCCCACGGCCAAAUCAGAACGAGAGGCACAAUUUGUCUUAAGAAACGAAAUACAAAGAGACUCUGCAUUGACCAAGUGACUUGAGAAUCUGUGCAUUCUAUGCUUUGCUCAACAGGAAAGAGAGGAAAGUAAAUACAAAAUUAUUUAUAUGCAUUAAUUUAAGAGCAUCUACUUAGAAGAAACCAAAUAGUCUAUCGCCCUCAUAUCAUAGUGUUUUUUAACAAAAUAUUUUUUUAAGGGGAAAGAAAUGUUUCAGGAGGGAUAAAGCUUCCGCUAAAGCUUUUGGGUAGAAUUCUGAAUCCCGUUUCAGUUAGUCCCAACACGGUCCUCCUCUUUGGCUCUUAGAAGAUGUGGGCAAUCGACUCCCUCAGUCCCACAGUGCCACUGUGCUUCUUCACCAGAAAGCCCUGGCAGUUAGUCUAGUUCCUAGAGAUGAGCUGAAGCCUGAGGGUGGAUGUGCCAGUGAGCAGGUGGCGUUUGCUAUUUGGCUCACCCAUCCCAGCCCCUGACUUUCUCUUGAACCCUACGGCCUCAUCCCAGGUUUUGUCAUGUCAAAAAAUGUAGUGUUUUGUAUUUGAUUUUUUGAAGAAUGGUACCAAGACUGAAAUGGAAAACAGGAGAGAGAAGGAGUAAUUGAGGCAAUCUUAACUACGUGUUUGCCCUCUUCCUCUGAAAUGCGAAAGCGCAGAAUCUCAGAGGAAGGUACAAAAAAUACUAUAGAGAAAGAGAAAAAAAUCCAAUCACAAUGUUGUACCACUAA